GGUGAAAUAAUCAGAAUAUUACAUAAUUAUUUAGUGUUAUUUAAGCCUCUUAUGCAUGUGUUAGGCAUGACAAGAACUGAUGCACAUUUGGAAUUGAAAAGUGAUUAAAUAAUGAUCCUUUUCAGGGCUGCAGAGAUAAUGAUGCACACUGGAUCAGUUGUAACACUGGAAAUUCUCAAGUCAGCAGCUGUAUAUUAUGGUUUUGAGGAGGUAUUUACCCAGGCGCCACAAACAACAUCUAAAGAUCAUGAUAAUGGUGGACAGUCAAAGCAGAAGUCCAGUGUCUCUGAUCUCUGUGACAGUGCUGAACCAUCAGAGUCUGCUCCAUCAAGACCACCAGAAACCUUUAGAAAUCAGCACACAAUCAGCAGAGCAAACACAAAACAAAACCAGAAAUUGCUCAAGAAGAAACUGGAGUAUCGUUCAAAUCCCAACCUGACAUGUAUGCCUGUUGAUUCAGUUCCCCUUGAAAAGAUAAUGUUAUCUUUCUCCUCUGACAAUUUAAUGGAUUCUGUGAAACCCAAAAACACUCUUUUAAGCACAGAAACUCAUCACAGAGAAUAUCUGACCCUGCCAGCAUCCAAACUGCACAGCAAUAAAGUACCCAGAAUCACAGAAAAACCUCAGCAUAUUUCUGCAUUUUCCAGGGACCUGCAAAAGAUCAACAUUAUGAAACAGGCACAUUCUCAAGACAAUCUUUGGAGUGUAGAAAAAGGACGCCCUCUAGUGGACAGAUCAAGGUACUUGAAGAAACAGCAACAACUGAGCAAAUGGAAUAGCCUUACAACCAUAAGCCCAAUGGAUUCCAGCUUGUCCAGCAUGGGACACAAAAAUGGACUCUGGAAGGUCCCAACAACUACCCAGUCCGUGCCGCUAUCACAGCCGAAACGAAUGGACGUCCCCUACUCUCCACAAGCUAACAGUCUUUUAUUUAGUACAUUCCGCCAGCCUGCGGAGAGCCAAAUUAUGUCUCCAGCACACCAUCGGUAUCAACAUCAGAGCAAUGUAUCACCAUCUCAAAGACCACAGCAGGUACUCAAGAAAAAAACAGUCAUCUUCCACUCAUCUGUGAAGACAUCCCAGAAUAACACAUCCCCACAACGCUUAAGUGCUAAUCUUGAGCAGAAAGUGGUCGACAAGACUAGUAAACUCCCUACUACAGACCUGCUGGAACAGGAUGUGCAGCAGCUGCAGGCCAAAGUUCAGCGCACCCUAGAAGAGAGUGAACGUCUGCGUAGACUUUCUCUAGAGCUGCAGUUCCAGAAGAGACUAGAGGAGUACCAGCAGAAUGGUGAUGAAGAUGAGGAUGAGGAUGAUGAGAGCCAUUCGGGGGCAGAACGGAAGUGGUUGCAGACAGUAAGUGAUGUAGUGAGUAACUGUGAGAUGAACUGUGAGAAGAAUGCAACUGACCAGCAAAAGGAAGGCCACUUGUCUCAAGAGGACAGUUUGAAAGAUGAAAUCAAACAUGAAUAUGUGGGAUACGACAAGAAGUUCUCUUCUGGUGACGACAAAAGCUUCAAAACACAGCGAGCCCCAGAGAAUCUGACCUUUAAGGAGCGUCAGCGGCUGUUUUCUUUGGCAAUGGUCACUACAAGUAAAGUCAAAGUGUCCUGAUAAAAAGGCAACCCACCAAGAUCAUUUUGUAAUAGAA